AUGGCUGGACGAACGUCCAGGGAGGAACGCGAGACGACCCCACCGAAAAAUGUCGAUAACCUACAGCACCCGAUCACGUCCACGUCUACGUCCACGUCAAUAUCCACAACCGAGUCAACGAAUAACGAACGAACGAGUAACGACGUGGCUAAUAAGGAGGAGGUGGCGAUAGAAGAGCGACUGGUUUUCAAAAUGUUUUCUUACGAGAUCGUUUGCUUCGUUCUCGCAAUCACUUUCACCGCUUUGGCCGCACUGCACAACUCGCCUCCCAAAGUUUCCAAGCCUCCUAUAGCGAAACCUUUCUUCAAUCGGAGUUCUGUUGUAUUGGAUUUUUAUAAAGGCCACUUAAGCGCAAUGAUUGAGAGGAUAACACAGGCUGACUUCAGCUUCAUCAUGUAUUAUGCCCCCUGGGAUGCGGAGAGCCAGAUGCUUCGACAAGAGUUUGAGAACGUUGCUCAGUUCUACCACCCACAGAUUUUCUUUGCAGCCAUUAAUUGUUGGCAUCCUAAUUCAGAAUGCAGAGCACAGUAUAAUAAAAUCCAUGGUUAUCCAGUGUUAAUGUUGUAUCCAUCUAGGGAUUCUGGUAUUCAUUACAGAGGCAUUCGUACAGCACCAUACAUGAUUCGUUUUUUAGAUGCAAUGAUGAAUCCUAUCAUUAGAAUAACUCAUAAGGAGCAACUGAUGGAACUGUUGGUUACAUAUGACGCAGUAGUCAUAGGAUAUUUCAAUUUUACAAGAUUGGAUAGAACUCCUGGAUACAAGGAGUUCUACAAAGCCGCGAUAGAGUCACUAGAGAGGGAUCCUAACAGAGAACUAGUGUUCACUAUAGUAACCAAUGCAUUGUACAGUGAAUUAAAUUAUGGAAUCUAUAGGUUUCCAUCGGCAAGCUUGCUCAUGUGGAAUGAAUCUUUAAGUUAUCCGGAAGACAAGGAAUGGGUUUCCGAAAACAUACUGAAUUGGAUCAGCAGUUCCAUCCAUCAGCCAUCUCUUUGGCUACAACCUCCUGGUAUUAAAGCGCUCACUCUCGCGCCGUAUCUACGCGAGGGACCAGUCUUAUUACUCUUUACACCACGGAAUCCACUUCAUACAGAAAAUUACAUUUACAAUCUGGUAAGGGAAGUCGGCUUGCAAUAUUAUAACUGCGCGGAUAACAUGUUAGUGAAGGAUAUAGUCGCGCGUCUGGAAGCAAAACGACGUUCAGCAAUAAUUCGUCACUUCUCUAGAAAUGAAGAGUGUGCCGAACUUCUAGGCGAGAGUAGAGCCUAUAUUGAAGAAACUAAGAAACCGAUUGCCAGUGUAUCGAUUCAGCAAUGGAUCAACAACAGUUGCUGUGCAAACGUUGCAAUGAAUAAAUGUGCUAUGCGCGAGAUAAAGACCAUGAGUCCGUCGGUGCAGAAGAUGUGCGUGACUGCAUCUGAAAAAUCCGACGGUGUUUGCAGGGAUACCGAUAUAUUUACGCUAACGGUCGGACAAUGCGGGAAACAGGUGUACAAUUAUAAUAAAAAUUGCGCGAAAAUGAAAUUACAGGAAGAAUCAAAAUUGAAAAGAACAUAUGCAGGAGUGAAGUACAAAACAUUACCAGAAGGAGAAAAUGAUCCACUAUCCGCAAGUAUGGUGCGAAAAAAUUUCUUGAAGGAACGUUGCAGAAGAUGGUUAGCUGGAAAUAAUUAUCAUCCGUCAUUGUUUCCGCGAGAUUCUCCGAAGCAGUUUAACGUCAGCCUGAAAGAAUCGGUUUGCAAGACUAACAAAACGCUAGCUUUGAUAGCUAUCGACAGUUUACAUUACUUCCACUUUGCGGAACGUCUCGGAAUUGAUAUCUCGAAGCGAAGAAAUAAAACUACCGUUGUCAUCUUGGAUGCUGCGCUGGAGAGUCAGUAUGUCAUGCAUCAUGAUUUUAGCGAGUACGCACUCGUUGAUUUCAUAAAUAAUUAUACGCAAGGUCUGCUGGAACGAACAUUACGUUCCGACAAUUCGCAAUGCUGUGAAACGCAAAAACAAAAAACUUUGUCAAAUGGGGACAUCUGUAACAAUGUAAAUAAACGUUCGAAGAUUCGCGUACCAGAGCUGACAACAGAAACCUUUCUAGACACAAUCUUAGAUCCAUCCAAGGAUGUAGUUAUAAUGCAUCACUCUCCUUACUGUGGAUUUUGCAGUGCUGUAUCGUACAUAUAUUUGACAGUAGCGCAUUAUUUAUCCAAUAUGGAUCAUAUGAUUUUCGUGAGGAUUGAUGGGGACAACAAUGAUUUGCCAUGGGAAUAUAGUAUGAAUCGCUUUCCAUCUAUCUUAUUCUUUCCUGCAAAAAGAAAGGAAGAUAGCACGGUAUUUCCAUUUUCUGUUCCUAUCACUAUCCCUAAUCUACUAAACUUCGUGCUGGCAAAUUUGGAUGGUGAUUCCCACGUUGAAGCUCUGACCAACAUUUGUCAAGCAGGGACUGGUGAAGCGCCGGACAAAUGCAUCGCUAGGACUCGAUGGCUGUGCUUAGAUAUUAUCGAGGAACUUUUACGUGACUAUAGGAAGUUAAGGCGUCAUUUGAAUUUCUUAGAUAAGAAGGCCGCGCGUAACAAGCGCAAGAUCAUUCUACUAAAAUUAGAGCACAUAAAGGACAUUCAUUUUAUUUUGGGUUCUACCGUGAAUCUCGCUGAAGAUCGAAAGAAGGUACAAUUAAUCAGAGAGAAAUUUUGUAAGUACUACAAAGUUAUUAAAAUGCUAGAGACGAGUAACAAAAUGGACGAACGGCAAUACAAAUCGAACAACACCGGACACGCUUCGAGUCCUAAGCAGGAAAUGAAGAGAAGUAAAUUGUGAUAUAGAUUUCACCUUAUGAAUAUUAAUCAACGUACGUCCACGUGAUGAUGGAUACUGAUAUUUUGAGAUAUCCUAGAUACUUUGGUCAAUAAAUCGAUGCCAAACUUUACGAAAACGAAAUGAUGCAUUUUCUCGCUUGGUAUUGGCUGUGUUUUCGAAAAAUAUAUUCAUAUCAAAAAAGAUGAAGUGCAAGUUGAGUCUGAGAGGGUUGUGUACAGAGAUGAUAUUUCUAAUGUAGCUUCGUGAUGCAACAUAUACCAAGUCAAAGAUAAAUACGAGACUAAAUAUGAGAACAUAGCCAAUGUCAACCGAGUAGAUUCAAGCUAAAGAAGAUAUUAAAAAGUAACAAUUCUUACCGGUCGAGAGAGUAAGAAUCGUUCUAAUACGAAAGAUCAGUAUGUGAUCUGCUCAUUUGUAUUUCUAUACAGUGUGCUUGCUAAUGGUGCGAUAACACUUGUAAAGUUAUGUAAAUAUUGUUAUAUAUUACGAUUAUAGUAAAUCUGUAUGCGUGCGUGCGUGCGUGCGUGUAUGUAUGGAUUCGUGCGAUAGCACUGUUUAUCAUUGUUGAAAUUUUAGCUAAGAUAUUGAAUAAUUACAAAAUGGUGCAUUAAUUGAAAUUUUUUCAGAGGAAAUAAUUGUUAUAUUUUAGUUCCGGGACUCCGUGAUAGAAUGUGUAAUAUUUCUAAAUUUUUUUGUUACAUCUUUCUUCGAACCUCAACAAAUAUUGUAGCGUAAUAGUACUACGUUCGGUUCUAUUCUCCGACCUUUAUUUAUAAUUAUUUCAAGAAUAUAUCGAUAUGGCUGUGGAGCGUCAAGCGUUUAUACAAUACUACAGAAAUAUCAAAGUUCGCACGAGAAUAAAAUCGGUCGGGCCCUUUUCCCUUAUAUACACAAAUACUUACGAAAUACAAACAAAAGAAAGAAUGCAUGUGCUGUAAAAAUCAAAGAGAUGAUCACAUAGAUAUAUACAAAUCAUCAUACAAAUCACUCUAAAUAUUCUGGAUAAGAUAGCGUGUAUCAGACACGAUCAAUUACGUGAAUUGUCCACAUUCGCAAUACUUCUCCGUUUUAUUUAUAAAAUUGAGUUACUUAUUGUACGUCAUGAAAUUCUUAGUAAAAUGAUACGCGAGAGGAAACUCGUUUCCUUCGCUGAUACGAUCACUGCAUCGACUAUUCACUGUGUUAUUUAUCGUUGUAAAAUUCUCAUUCACAUGCUGUCUGAGAUUUGGGUUUUUUAAGAUUAAUCAUUACGUUAUAUGUAAUCAAGUAAGCUUUAUGAUUUUCAAAAGAGAAAGUGCUAGUCUCGUAACGUAAUACAAUACAAUUGGCGUAAUCAAUAAUACGUAUUGUAAGUUGCAUUUUGUACUGGAUAAUUUUACGAUUAAAUGCUGUGUGAAAGUAAGACGCAUACAAGGAAAUUAAAAUGAUAUAAAAGGACAGAACAACUAAUUCUAACGAAAUAAAUGAAUGUAUCGGUACAACUUGUUUAA